CGUCUUUUCUUCGUCGCCAUAUUUCUUUUCUAAUUUCUGUGUAUUUGUCAGUUCAAGAUGGAUUUUCAAAACAGAGCAGGCGGCAAGACAGGCUCCGGUGGCGUUGCCUCAUGGUCAGAAUCUAACAGAGACCGACGAGAGCGUCUUAGACAGCUUGCGUUAGAAACAAUAGACCUCAACAAGGUAAAAUAAGAAGUUGUUGUUUUGCACGUGUAGCGCUCUCUUUGAAGUAGUGGUGAAGAGUUCCUCCAGCUACGCAGGGGUUUAGGACAAAAGUCUUUUCUUCAUUGCCUGUUAUCAAGAGGAAGCCACUAUUCGAUGUACUGGGUACUCAAUAAUAGUAAUAAACACUGUAAUGAUAUUUUGCAUGUCCUUGUUGUUUCUUGUUUUUAGGAUCCAUAUUUUAUGAAGAACCAUCUUGGUUCCUAUGAAUGCAAAUUGUGUCUCACACUGCACAAUAACGAGGUAAGUUGAGUGGCUGUCAAUAGAUGCUUAACUGCUUUCUGGGCAUGAUUUCUGUACAGCCCUUUUUAAAAAUGCAAUAAUUAUGUAUGCAACAAUCUCAUACUAUUUCACACAAACAGUGGAUAUGAAUAGAGUGAGAACAUGUAUGCAUAAUCAAUGCAUGAGGCUGAGUGGAAACUUACUGCUCCCUAGAGAAGGAAAGUUCAUUUUGGUAGUUUCAUAUAUUUAUUGGAUGAUCUAAUCUUUCUGUUCUUGUGGACUGGGUGUCUAAGAGAUGCAGUGCAAUAAUCAUGAACAGUAUGAAAAGAAUUUAUAAGUGUCCAAUAGCCCAGGGCAUGAGGAGUUUAGGAAGUUGAGGCUGUCGGGCAAGCCAACUUGCCCGAGAGGCAAGUGAAGUUGUUUGGGGAAUUCAAAUAUAGGAGAAAUGUAAUCAUUGCUUAUCUAGUAAAUGCAAGCUAUAGCUUGCCUGAAUAACAAUCUGUAAAGCAGAUGAACCUGUGAAGUUCACCCCAAUUUAUGUGUUGUGCCUUGAGACAGAAGUCAGUUGACAGUAACCAUGAGACACUAAUAGCUCACAGUCCUACUGUAUUUUCAGUCCUCUCAUUUCGUUGUGUUAUCAUUAUUUUUGAGCUUUGCUUUUAAUUAUUAUUGUCUUUUUAUUAUUGUAGGGAAGCUAUCUUGCUCAUACUCAAGGAAAAAAGCAUCAGUCUAACCUGUAAGCACCAGAACACACACUAUAUUUGGGUUCCACUGUUUGUACCUGUUCCUGGAUUAAGAUGUGAUAUGAUCUCUUGCUGGUUUUCAUAUUAUUACUCUGGUCACUGUAAAAAGGAUGGUAAUUUGUAUGGUAGUAAUGAUCACCAUGAAACCUUGUCCUUAGAAAGGACUGAAGUAUUUCCCUGUCCCAUAAAAGCAUACUUGUCCAAUACUCUAACAAAUUUAUUCAUGGUAUUGUUAAAUUUCUCAUUGUUUUGCUUCUUUCUUUACCAUUAUGCUUUUGUACAGUACUGUAAUGUGAAUACAAUACAAUACAAUACAAUGCCAUGCAUAAAUUCAUUGGAGUAUUAGACAGCUCUCCCUUGUUGAGUGUCAUCCCAUUGUCCCUUAGAGUGCUUGAAGGACACUGUUUUGUAAGUCUCCUACUGGAGAUGUUAAUGCCAUUAAGGUAAAGGCGAGCACGAGCCAAAGGCAGAAAUGGUCGGAGCUUAUCCCAGUUUCAUUAGUAUGAAGCACCUAGGAGUAUUGUUACUCCCCCCUGGACGGGAUGCUAGUCCAUCGCAGGGUUACCCCCCAGCAGUAUGUCACUGGUACCCAUUUAUACACCUGGUUGAAGAGAGACAAAGUGGAGUAAAGUUCCUUGUCUAAGGAAACAACGUGAUGGGCGAGGCUUGAACCCCGGACCUCCAGAUCCGGAGUUCGAGGUGUUAACCACUCAGCCACACAUGCCUGCACAAUGCCAUUCCUACUUGUUUAUUUGAGCCACACAAAUGUCUAGCUACAAUGUAUUCACAAAGCAAUAGCAAAAAAUUUGUACAUGUAUGUACCUUCGUCACCUAGUUUGAGACCCUGAGUUUUGGUCCGGCCCAGGGCUCAAACCCAUGACAUCCCAUCCCCUUGGCAGUCCAGCACUUUACUUACAGCUACUCUAAGCAAUCCUUAUCUUUGAGGGAUUCACUUAAACUUAAUUUGUGUUUCAAAAAAGUUAAAGUGAUCAUCACUAAACAAGAUUCUUAUUUUAAAUUACCUUUUAUCAUUCUUGUGAAGUGCUUAUUCCACAAACCCUUCCAAACAAUACUUGUAUCUUAAAAUGACUCCAAAACAGUUUCUGUGACUAGAAAUAACAAGCCUGCGAGCAGGCUCACUUGUGUUUCCUACUGAUGUUUUUUAUCAUUAAGUUUGAAGUGUGAAUGUUUGUGUCACAUAUCGUUGGUUUUUGUGGCAAUUAAGUGGCCUAUCGUUGCCCGUCGUUUUUAACCAAAUAGAUCGCUGUGUUCAUCAGUGAAUGUGGGGUAUUGAAAAAUCAAUAGCUCGCGUACAGGCUCAUUUUUCCUUGGCCCAUUGGUGGCAUACAUGUACAUCGAGGUGCCAAACAUUUUUCCCAAACUUGAACAAUUGAACCUGCUUGUAGGCUAAGAAAUAACUAAAUAUAAUUAUUUUCAGUGCUCGUCGUGCUGCUAAAGAAGCAAAAGAAGCCCCAGCUCAGCCAGCACCAGUGAGUACAGUAGUUUGUAUUUUUUCAAGUUAAAUAAUGAAGCAGUACUGUUGUAAAGCUGUAUUUCUGAUCAGCAUGUCACAGAUGCUUGUCAAAUAUAAACCUAGUCUAUGGCCUUGCUCUCCAUGAGUUCUCCGUGGCUCAAAGUGGAUAGAGCGCCCGCCCAGUGUUUGGGAGGUUAUGGGUUGGAAUCCUGUUUGUCCCACGCUCGUGACAUGCUGAUCACAUUGGUUUCACCGAGCUUAAAAUUUACCAUCUUUCAUUCUUUCAGCCGUAAUAUUUUAUGUGCCUCUGUUCUAUGAAAAGUGAACUGUGAAUAAAAUAAAACAAAAGAAGAGGAUAAAUACUGUUAUGUGUUAAAGCAGUAUGUACAAGUAAACACUGUAAUUGCUUUGCUUGCUUUUACAGGAAAAACCAAGGGUAUCUGUUAAAAAGUUUGUCAAGAUAGGCCGUCCAGGUUAUAAAGGUAACAAAAAACCUUAUCAUUUUUUUCAUUUCCUUCCUUCAUGUCAUAAUAUUUACUUGCUAAUAACAUAUGUAGAUGUAUAUAGAAUACACUGGUACUUGUUUUUUUUUUCUCUGAAAAAAAUAAUAAUUCUACUAUGAUGUAAACAUGUUAUUUGGUAUGUUUAAGAAGAGAAGUAAAAUGAAACUAAAUUAGCCUGAAUUUUGACCAUGAAUUUUUGGUCUUGUAUGACUUAUACAGAGUUGUUAUUUACUCUUUGCAGCUGUUGCUAGAUGGUGUGACCAACACUGUACUUGUAUCUAUGUGAAUCAUUACCUUAAAAUAGCAAAGACAAAAAUAUUUUGCAAAGUCUUGACAGUGCUAUUUUGUUGAUUUCAGAGAAAAAAUAUCAUAGGUAGCAAUGGAAAAAGUCACUGGACCACAAUCCUUGCGUUAUUGCAUUUUUUCCAUAAAACUCUUUCAUUCCAACAUCCAUAAAAUCUUAGUCACCUUGUGAUCACUUUCUACAUGUACCAAAUUUCCUUGUGUGCUCUUUCCAUCUUUGGUAUUGUUGAAAUUUUAUCUCAAAAUAUUGUUGCAUUAAGCUGGUCACUUGAUUGUAGCUGUCAAAGGUCUAUCUAAUUUGGCCCACCAUAUUGUGUGCAGUAAAAUGACAACUAAUCCACACAACUGACAGUAUUCUACAUAAAUUGCCACAAUAGGCCAUGAUGACGAUGUUUGACUACAACUGCCAAAAUUCAUUUUGUCUUUGCCUUCUUAUUUAAAUUUGUCUAUUCUACUAGGGUUUAAUAAACAAUAGCCCUAAUAAUUUAUUUGUACAAGCAAACAACAAACUGAAGGAUUCUGGAGCAUGUAGUUGUAGUAAAAUAAUGUCAAUGUGCAAUUGUCCUGUAGCAUUACAUGCAAUGGAUUUUAAGUCCAGAGCAGUACUUCUGCUUAUAUAAUAUUAAUGAAAUACAUUGUAACAUUUUUGUCUUUCUAUCACAUGAAUACAGUAACAAAACAAAGGGACCCAGACACUGGACAGCACAGCCUUUUAUUCCAGGUACUAGGUUUAUACCAACAUUGUACUUGUUUAGCAAAUAUCAUUACAUUUAUUCAAAGUGAGCAAUUAAUUACACUCAAGAAAUCAGUUAAGAAACGGUAUGGAUUUUAUGGGUCUGGUCUGAAAACAGGUGUGGAAAAUGACAUUUUUUGGUCAUUUUUAAUUAUAGGGUCAGGAUUGGGAGAACCAUGUGGCACAUCACACCCACCAAGAAUUCCCAGGAGUACCCCCCGUCCCCCGCUCACUAUGGAUCAAUGCCAAAGAAGACCCAUUAGGGGACUGUUAUUGUAUUUUAACCUGCUUCAGAAUGCUCAAAAGUGAUUCAUUCCUCUGUAUGUGUAGGUGGAUUAUCCAGAGAUAGCAGAAAGCAUCACUCCAAGGCAUCGCUUCAUGUCAGCUUAUGAACAGCGGAUUGAACCACCAGACAAAUCAUGGCAGUAUCUUCUUUUUGCAGCUGAGCCUUAUGAAACUAUAGCCUUCAAGGUAUGUUCAUUGAAAAUAGUUUACGAAGCAUUUGCUGUAUUGCUGGUUUUCAGUGUCACGCCAUUCAAAAUACCGUAGAUCAAAAUUAAAAUCAAAAUCUUUCAAUAGAUUAAGUCAAAAGUCUGGGAAAUGUAAGUAUGUAACUAUGCAAAGACUCUUGCCAAGAUUCAGGUCUGAGGAAUAUUUCGUAUAGAAAUACCCAAAGAAAUGUUUUACCCAAAUUUAUAGAGAUUUGUAUGGAGACACCAUGCUGAAGAAACAGAAACAUCUGUUGCUGAGUUUUGCUACAAAAGCAUGAUUAUAUUUCUCAAGUAAUUCAUAAACAUUAAGGUAAUACUUUUUCUAAUGCAUGAACUGUUUAGAUAAGCAAAAUUACAGUAAGCUUCUUUUUUAACCUUCAUGACAGCUCUCUGAGCUGCGAUGUAAAUGCUUAGACAUUCAAGAAUACUCAAAACCAAGGAGCCUUUUGAAGUGAAAAUUUGUAUGGAAAUUAUUUUUGAGCUGCCCCUGUACAUCAUGAAAGAAAAUCUCAGUAGGACAGAUAGUUUUGUUGUUUGAAUUUUAGCGACAUCAUGUAAAAAACAACAAUUCAUUCCUGUGGAAGGCAGCAGGCCCCUUUUUGAGAUGGACACUAAGUGCUGUUCCCAGAGGUGUCCGGCCUUAAAGAGAGCCGACUGUAGCGUUGAUAUGUAAAUUGAAUCAAACAGUCAGCAGUUUGAAAAAAUGUCCAUGUUUUGUUUUCAAACACCUUUAAGUUAAUAAGAAACAAUUCUUGCUGUAGAUUCCAAGUAGGGAAAUUGACAAAGAUGAAGGGCGACUGUGGACUCACUGGAAUAAAGACACAAAACAGGUCAGCAAAUUCUGUUAUUGUAUCUCUAAAUGAGUACAUGCAAUUUGAUUGGUCAAUUUAAUGGGCCAUAAUUCACUGUAAUGAUGGGUGAAUUCAAGUUUGUUUUGGUUUUUAAUUUGCUGAUUGUUUCGUGUAAUUUUGGUCUAUGGGUAUGUUGAAUGAUAAACAAAUGUUUUUGACAACUCAAAGCCUUGACCUUGGACCCUGUUGGAUUUGAUCCGCCAUGACCCGUCAACAGCUGUUCCACUUCUUGAAAUGAAGCCUUCAAUGCCCUCUUAGACUCUCCCUUAACCCAGAGAUUUUAUCUUUCUAGCCCCAUCCUUUAAAGUAAACAGCUGGUAUUUGUUGUACCCAUGGAUGGUUUAUGCAUCAGUCAAUUCCAGCUGCACCCAGCCCCCUCCCCCCCCCAUAGCAUUUUUUUUGCCUUGGAUGGCAAAUUCCCAGGGGUGGGGACUCUUGAGCUGUCAAAUCCCUGGGGUGGGGACAAAAAAAGAGGGCAAAUGCCCCAUCCUCUGUCAACACUGCAACAUUUUUCAUUGAUCACACAGUCGAGUAGUGCCAUUUUAAGCAUUUUAAUGUGUGAUUUUUUGUUUCAAUUAACGUCUUCCUUUGCAAUAGCGCUAUUCUAAUUGAGACUUCACGCCAUGACAAUACCAGUUUAUGGUUUUAGUAUUGUUAUAAAAUUAUUGACAUUAAAAUUAAUAGUGCACUGUAAAGUUAUAGCUGCUAUGAAUAGUUUUAUGAAAGGAUGUUCUUCAAAUAAUAUCAAGAGAAACUUGAUUCAAAAACCAGAAAAUAUUGAUUCACAUUGAUAGCUCCCGAGUUUCACUAUUCUGGCUUGAUAAGCAAUGAAGAAGUGCAUGCAUAAAAUCAAGAACAUGCCUUUACAAACCUCUUCAAUUUUUUCCCAUCCUUGACAAAUGAGCCAAUCUGCUUGUUUUUCCAGUAAAAUGCUCUGUGUAGUUAUAUUCUGAUAGGAAACUGUGCGCCUGUCAAACACUUGGGGUUGGCCCUGGGUUGGCAAAUGCCUGACCCCCGGGCAGCGCAAAAUUUUGCAAAUGCCCCACCCCCGGGACUCACAAGGUGGGCAAAUGCCCCGCAGUAGCCCGGGGAGGGGGGGGGGACCUGGGCACAGCUGGAAUUGACUGAUGCAUUUGUCGUGAGCAAAUAAAACAGAAAUGCAGGAUCAUAUGAUCGUCAGUUGCUUUGGACGAUAAUUUUUGUGCACUGAACAACUCAAUAAAAGGCUUUCUGUUUUCUUGCUUUCAGUUUUUCCUGCAGUUCCAUUUCCGACUGACACCCAAUCAAAUUCAACAGCAGCAACAGAAGAGAGGUGGAGCUAGUCAACAGAGUUUGCCACCUGGCCUUGCACCUCCACUGCCCAGAAACAUCCCCUCUGCAAACCCUCUUAAUCCUUUUGCUCAGCGCUGAUUACUUUACUAGAUGUACCUUCUCACGGAUUGUUGUCCGGACAUAUGAACCCACUUAUCAUUUUGCUUAGUGCGGAUUCAGAUUGCCCAGAUAGAUUAAUGUACCUCAUCACACAGUAGUCUCUAAACUUUUGCCCAGGCCUGGGGUCAAUUAAGUAAAACUCUUACAAGUGUAAUUUACAAGGGUACCUGUUGUUUUCAGACUUUUAAUCAAUGGCUACACUUCUGAGUGACUCUUGUAAAAUUUUAGCAGAAACUCAUGUUUCUGGUUUUAGUUAAUUGACCCCUGAUUACCUGGUGAUUUCCUCGUAGAGGGCACUGUAAAUAUCUGUAUGAAAUAUUAUUUUUAUGAAGGUUUUUAAUGAGGAUGUCACUAGAACUUUAAGGUCUUCUUAUUCCCUUUAAACAAUUCAGGAAGUUUCAUACAUCGUACAUGCACAAUGUAACUCUACCCAACCUUGAUGUGUUUUUCUUGCAUGAUGUAAAAAAAGGCAUUACCUUGAAAAUGAGUGUUCAGUUGUGUAGCAUGACGGUCUUUGAGUUUAAUCUCACAGGAACAGUUAUUCUAGUCUGAGGUUUUGUGUCAAAUUAAAUAAACAAGCAAACAACAAUUUUAUUUUAGUUCAUUUCUAUCCUGUGCAGGCAACAACAACAUGCUGAAUUGUAUCUUAUGCUGGAUUAACCUUGAAUUAAGGCUAUGUUAUCAUUUAUCACCUAAUAAUAGUCAAAGUUAAUAUACUCAGGGAAACAGCUCAUUAUAGCAAAAAUAUUGUUUUUCUAAUUCUCCUCCUUCUUUGUUCUCAAAUAAGUUUUCAGCAAAAGCAUUGUAAACAAAUAUUGAUUCAACAUACACAUGUAAAACAGGACCAUUGAUGUGAAAAAAAUGUAAAGGAAGAAAGGGC